ACUUCAUUCAAUUAAUGGUGUUUGGCAUAUAUUGGAUGACAAGUAAUGCAUUUCACGCUAAAAUGGCUAAUUAUCCCAACAUUACUACCGAUGAGUGCGGGAUAUCCAGAGAUUCACUACUGAUGGACAACAAAUGCAGUCACAACUUAAAAUGUACCAUAACCAUUUACCCGGCCGUUCUAAACUUAACAAAUCCCGGCCAAGGUUAUCAACCUAAGAGAGUUAUAUUGCACCCGGGUUUUGAGGUAAAUCAAACCAAUUCCGACGAUAUGGCACUCAUUGAACUGAACACUGCGCUGGACUUCACGGCCCCGAAGGGCUCACACUAUCGGCCGGUAAACAGCGUUUGUCUCCCGAAAGCAGACAUUUAUAACACCCGAAAAGAGUACGUUUGGUCGCCGGUUUCGGUGUAA